CCUUAAACUCGAAACUUUUCUAAACUGUUUGCCCUUAUUUAUAACCCUUUAAAUUUGCAACAUUUAUAGUGAAACACGAGAGUUGACUUCAUUACCCGGUUAUCCUUCCCAACUUUUCUAUUCCCUCCCUCACGCGCUCAGGUUUGCAUCUGGGCUUCGAACUUCAUCAUCCUCUCUGUCUCUCUUCCAUUACUUUUCCCUCAUUUCCAUUUCCCCAUUCCCCAAACCUUACUCAUUUCUCUUCUUUCGUCUCGUCGGUGCUUUCUUCCUCAUCCUUUUUCCUCCGGCCAACUUCCGCCGCCGGAACCUUCCACUGUCCGUCGGAAUCCCUACCCACCAAAAAGUUUUAGCCAUGAAAGUUGCAGAAAACGAGGCGGAUGGUCUCACGAACGCCAUUAACCAGCUUUUCACAACUCUUUCCGACUCAGUCCCACAAACUCAGUGCUUUAAGAGCAAAUGGUCUCUGGUGGCCUCAAAGCUUUCCAAUCUACAGACUCUUGUUUCCGACCUGUCUACUUCGUGCUCCGUCCCCACCACCGCCUCCGCCGCCGCCAGCGGUUCGCUUUCAUCCGAUCUUCUUCAAUCACUUCACGUGACGCUCUCCGACGCUUCCUCCUUGUGCGCUUUGUGUCACGCGCCGACUCCUCCUCACGGUAAGUUAAAGACCCAGAACGAAAUUGACUCCAUCACCGCCAAGCUCGACCACCACAUUAAGGACCUCGAUGUUCUCAUUAAGAGCGGCGUCCUCCUUAAUCAUGGCGGCGGAGGAGCCGCGGCGGCGGCGGCACCCGCCAGCCGAGAAUCUGUCCGGGCUGAAUUCCGCAACCUGAUAACUCGCCUCCAAAUUGGGUCCUCCGAAUCGAAGAACGCAACCUUGGAUUCCGUCCUGAGCCUUCUGAACGAAGAUGAUAAGAACGUCCUCAUCGCGGUGGCGCAGGGGAUCGUUCCGGUGCUUGUCCGGGUACUGGAUUCCAGCGCCCAUCAUUUGGAAAUGAAGGAGAAAAUCGUCGCUGCCAUUGCUAAAAUCUCAACCGCCGAUUCCGUCAAGCACGUUCUGAUCGCCGAAGGUUUGGGCAUACUGAAUAAUCUCCUCCGGGUGUUGGAAUCCGGCAGCGUAUUCGCUAAGGAAAGAUGCUGUGUUGUUCUGCAAGUAUUGAGCCAGUCAAAGGAAAACGCCAGGGCAAUCGGGUCAAGAGGCGGGAUUUCAUCCCUGUUAGAGAUUUGCAACUCCGGCGCACCCAAUUCGCAAGCCAUGGCCGGCGGCGUUCUCCGGUCGUUAUCUGUUUUCCCGGAAAUUAAAGAGUAUUUCGCGGAGGAAAACGCAGUUAUCAUCUUAUUGGGCGUUUUGAAUUCCGGCACUACUCUGGCGCAGGAAAAUGCAAUUGGCUGUUUGAACAAUUUGGCAAACAACGAUCAAAACACGAAGUUAUUAAUCGCAAGGGAAGGCGUGAUUGAGAGCUUGAAAAACUACUGGGAUUCUGUCAAUUCAGUCCAGAGUCUUGAGGUCGCCAUUGUUAUGGUACAGAUUCUAUCCUCUUGUCCAUUAAUCGUUGAAAUUAUAGUAGAAAACGGGUUCUUAAAUCGGGUCACUGGGGUGUUGAAUUGCGGAGUAUUGGGCGUUCGUGUCGCCGCGGCUAAAGCCAUUUACGAAAUGGCUUACAACACGAGAACCCGGAAAGAAUUAGGCGAAUUGGGAUGCAUUUCGUCGCUGUCGAGAAUGCUGGACGGCAAGGCCGUGGAAGAGAAAGAAGCGGCGGCGAAGGCGCUGUCGAAUCUGUUGAAUUACGUCGGAAACAGGAGGAUAUUCAGGAAGGAAGAGAAGGGGAUCAUCAGCGCCGUCCAGCUGUUGGAUCCGUUGGUACAGAAUCUGGAUAAGAAGUACCCCGUUUUGGUGUUGAGUUCAUUAGUCCAUUCCAAGAAAUGCAGGAAGCAAAUGGUGGGUGCUGGGGCUUGUUCCCAUUUGCAGAAACUGGUGGAAUUGAACAACGACGUUGACGGUGCUAAGAAGCUUUUUGACAGCUUAGAUCGUGGAAAGUUGUGGGGAGUCUUUGACAGACAUUAGUGGCAGGUUCUGAAUGUGGAAUCAUCAUCAUGUUCAUCUUUUACACAGAGGGUGAUGGAAGUGCAAUGGUUGGAGGUUCUACUAUCGGAGUCAAAUCAUGAUUGUAGCACGAUACAACAGGAGCAUCAUAUUCUCGUAAUGUCUUGAUCUAAACACUUAAGCAUGAAACCUCUUUUCAUUACAACCAAAAAGAGAGGUAGGGUGUAACCCUCUCUGAUUAAGGGUUUAUUUCAUUUGUAAAUUUGAUACAUAAGCAGCAAUGGGUGAGAUAUGAUUAUUAUUAUUAUUAUUAUUGACUUUGUCUAGGA